GGAAAUAGGGUUGGGCCGAGUUCCGGGCGCGAGGCGGCCCCAGGACCGAGCAGAGCGCGCCGCUCGUAGUCGGUGUGGCAGGGCCGGGAUGUUCCGCAUCGAGGGCCUCGCGCCGAAGCUGGACCCUGAGGAAAUGAAACGGAAGAUGCGCGAGGAUGUGAUCUCCUCCAUACGGAACUUUCUCAUUUACGUCGCCCUGCUGCGAGUCACUCCUUUUAUCUUAAAGAAAUUGGACAGCAUAUGAAGAUUGGGCAUCACAUGUGAAUGCAGGAUAUGAAAAACCUGGUUACAGUUUCUACACCCAUCUGCAAAUGGAUAGACCCAGAAAGAUGUAAGAGACUCUUUCACUGAAUGGACAUAAAAAUUCUACCUUUUAAGAACAAGUCUGGCUCUGGAAACUGACCUUCAUAGCUAAAAUACAAAACUAUUUGGGAAAUACGAAAAGACAUUUAUGGUCACAGUACACCCUAAUGCCUGUGCUGCUCAGCUCUGUGAAUGUUAGUGUAAUUGUAAAUAAUGUCAAAUUCCAUUUUCUAGCAAGUAUUAAUUGUAAGGGAAUUAUGUCUGCAAUAGCACUAUUUAGUCAGUAAUUUCUGUUUAUCUUUUAACUUCUGGGUAAUUAGUUAUGAUUUAUGGAAGCCAGAACACAGCCACAACAACACUUAAGCACAGGACCAUUAGUCUAUGUUUUUAAUAAAUGUACCACCUAAGAAAAAAUUGGGUUUUUAUUUUUCUUGACCCCCUUUUUGCUGUGAACCAGCAAUCCCUGGUGAGACUACAAUCAUGUGAUUAUUACAAACUGUGAUAAAUUGAGUUCUUCUUGUUUUGGACUGGAGAAUUUGCUAAUCCUAUUAAAGUGACAUUGUUUUAUUAAGCA